AUGGGUUUAAUCUUGAUCCUAGUGGUCAUGCCAUGGGUCGAGACCACGGCUCAACCCGGCUGCAUGAUUGCGUUCAUCGGCUUAGCCCCAUGCUUGAGCUCCGUAUCCGGGAAUUCAUCGACUCCAUCGUCUGCGUGUUGCUCGCAACUAUCUAACAUCGUACAAGUUCAACCACAAUGCCUCUGCUCGUUAGUUAACGGUGGUGGGACGGCCAAUCUUGGGAUAUCGAUAAACCAAACACUGGCUUUAUCGCUUCCUCGUGCCUGUAACGUACAAACUCCUCCCGUUAGCCAAUGCAAUGGUGUUGCGAACGGACCGACGCCUUCAAGUGCUAAGUCUGAUAAAAUUCCUGAAGCUCCAACCAGUACUAGCCAACCAACAGGUGGAUCCAAAUCAGUCCCUUCAACAGGCGGUGGCGGUGAUGCAUCAAACGGAGUGAUUGUUAGGACACCUACUCAUGUACUAGCGUUUGCUCUUUUUGUAGUGUCCUGUACAUUUAUCGUGUGA